AUGACCACAACCAAUGUCCAGGAUGACUACCGAGGCUCAUCUCGCGCUGGGACGAUCGCGAUGGCUGUCCUGGGCGUCAUGUUUGUGAUUUUACGGUUUUUGGCAAGAUGGAAGAAGUCCCUGAAGCCAGGACUGGACGAUUUUACUAUCCUGGGCGCGUUAGUUCCUUUCUUAGCUCUCGUUGGAUUGAUGCUAGCCUUAAAUGAUUUUGGUAUGGGGUCCCAUUCGGAGAAAUUGGCGAUGGAAAAUAUUAUCAUGAUCGCAAAGCUUCUAGUGACAUUCGAGUGCAUGUUCGUCACAACGAUCGCGGUCACCAGAGUUUCUAUCCUACUCAUGUACUGCCGCAUCUUUCCUACGAGAGAAAUGCGCAUUACCUCGAUGAUCCUGGGUGGGAUAUCAAUCUUGUGGUGCGUGGCUGUGAUCCUCGUGGACAUCUUCCAAUGCACUCCGAUUGUGCGAGCCUGGGACAAGCGCAUUCCCGGUCACUGUAUCAACCUCGAAGCCUCGUUUAUCGCAAACGCAGUGCCCAACAUCGGCAUCGAAAUUCUCAUUCUGUCUCUACCGGUGCGGGUGGUAUGGGGACUGCACGCAAGUCUCACGCACCGUCUCGUUGUCUUCACCAGUAUCUAUCGCAUCACUACCCUUUUUGAAUACGACCCGGCAGAUGUUGCCUGGACGCUCGGAAAGUCUUGCACCUGGUGUAUCAUUGAAUCCUCGACGGGGAUUAUCUCCGCCUGCAUGCCGACCCUGCGUCCGUUGUUCUUGAUGUUCUCAUCCAAAUUUUCCAGCCAGUCCGGUACUCACAGAACACGGACCGAAGCCGAGCAUUCUAAAGGAUUUGAGUUGCACAACUCUGCCCUACGACCGUCAGAUGAGCCGCGUAAUAAAACUAGAGUCCAACUAGGUGUCUCCCAUCCCGAUGAUGGGUCUGAUGAUGAGGUCCCGUUAAAUGCCAUCCGAGUUCAACAGGAUAUGAUUUGGCAGGAAUCCAGGGGUGAUUCCUCUCUAGGAUAUUCAUGA